GCCAUCAGCCUCUGAAGUGCAGUGUAAGCCAACAAAUGAGCAGAGAAGAUAAACAAAAACAAAACCUCCAAAAUUUCACCAUCAAUGGCGUAAAGCAUUCACAACAACAAAUACCCUUUGCGUGCCCGAAACCCAUUUGGCUCAUCCGCUCAACAGAAUCCCCACGAUUUGCUUAUUUUAAGGUUUCUCUCUGAGUGUUUUUUCCCCCUUUUUUAAUACCCGGAGUGGAGUGUGUCUGUGCCUGCGUUUGUGUGAAGAUAUAUGAGGUGUUUUCAGGCGAGAAGGGUUCGUGUACCAGAAACUCGCAAUCCUGGGAAAGCACGGAGAGCUAACGUUGGAGGGGAUCUUCGAUUGCAUCCAUGAAAUCACCUCGGCUCUCGCCUUCUCUAGGAUGACCGACUCCGCUUAUCGCGUCCAAACCACUUCGCGCCUCGCCCAAUGGCGGAUCGACAACCUUGCCGCCUGCACUUACCGCAAGUCCGAUCCUUUCAAGAUCGGUAGAUGGAAUUGGCAUUUAGCUGUGGAGAAGAACAGAACAUUGUGCAUUAAAUUGUACCCCGAGAUUUCGAAUUCAACGAGGGAUAAUCCUCCUAUAGCGUCUUUUAUCAUUAGAGUAGUGUCGUCCUUUGGAGGUCGCAAGACUUUGGUUCACCCAGAAGUUGUGGACAAGCAGCUAAAGACCAACGAAGAUUUCUCUUGGGCGAUUGAAGUGCCAUUUACGGGCAAAUUCAUCAUAGACGUUGAGUUUCUUGAUCUCAAGAUCACCUCUCCAAAUACUAGAGAGCUUUGCUCGAUCUGGGCCGAAGGGCAUACAGAGAAUGAGUCGAAUGCGACUGCCUUGAUAUCUCUGGGCCGAAUGUUGUCCGAAAGCAUCCACACCGACAUCCAAAUCAACACUGCAGACGGGAGCAUUGCCGCCCACCGAGCCGUCCUCGCUGCGAGGUCGCCCGUCUUCCGAAGCAUGUUCUCUCACGACCUCAAGGAGAAAGAGAUGUCCACCGUGGACAUCUCCGAUAUGUCGGGCGAGGCUUGCCAGGCUUUCCUCAAUUACAUAUACGGGAACAUCCAGAACGGGGAAUUCUUGACCCACCGGUUACCCCUGCUCCGGGCAGCCGACAAGUACGACGUCACGGACCUGAAAGAGGCGUGCCACGAGAGCCUGCUGCAGGACAUUGACACCAAGAACGUUCUCGAGAGGCUCCAAAACGCCUCGCUUUAUCAGCUCCCGAAGCUCAAGGCUUGUUGCAUGCAGUAUCUCGUGAAGUUCGGUAAGAUUUAUGACAUUCACGACGAUUUUAAUGUGUUUCUGCAAUAUGCAGAUAGAGAGCUGAUUUCUGAAGUCUUUCAUGAAAUUCUUGGUGUCUGGAAAGGGUUCUGAAUUUCUGGGUUGAAGAAAGUGAGGAAGGAAUUCAUUGGGAAUGUUUGUAUCAAAUUGUUAUUGGUGUUUCAGUUGUGUGCAACCAUUUGUUCAUUGGAUAAAAUUUGUUUGUUCAAUGGAAUUUGUCUGUGUAUAUAAUUUAUAUAUACCUAGACAUGUACAGAUCAAUUUCACCAACUGAACAGAUCAUGGUAUCCUGUUUAUGUGCAUACAUAUUUCUCAUGAAAUGUUUUCUUGUUCACUUAAUAUAUGAUUAUUUAUUCUU